AUGGUGGUGCUAGAGUUCUUCCUGGUUUUGCUUACUAUGAAUCAAGUGAUGCCUCAACCCAAACGUGGGAAUAAAGCUAGUUCAAAGACUUCACUUCAAGGUAGAGUUCUCCAGCUGGGAACCCAGGAGCAAUCCAUUUCUAUCCCUGGAUUGCCUUCAGUGAAUAUUUCUUUGCUGGAACAGUCCUUGAAACCAACAAGAAACUCAACACUAGCUCUGUUGCCUGAGCAGAAAACAUCUGAAGACAUGAGGCUUUAUCUGCUGAAGAACACCUUAGUGACAUGCAACGAUGGAACCACAGCAGGAUAUUAUAUACGAGAAGCCAAAGCCAGCAAACGAUGGAUCAUAUUUCUUGAAGGGGGAUGGUGUUGUUACAGCAAAGAGACUUGUGAUGUUAGGUACAAGAAUGCCAAGCGUCUGAUGAGCUCCGUAGACUGGCCAAAGACCAGAAGAGGUACGGGAAUUUUAUCUGCCCGCCCGGAGGAGAAUCCUCACUGGUGGAAUCUAAACGCAGUCUUUGUGCCAUAUUGCUCAAGUGAUAUCUGGAGUGGGAACAUAUCCAAGUCCAAGAACGAUUAUGCAUUUAUGGGCUCGGCCAUUAUACAGGAGGUGAUUCGUGAGUUGGUUCCAAAAGGCAUUAAACAGGCAAAGAGCGUCAUUCUAGCCGGGUCCAGCGCUGGGGGUACUGGAGUCCUGAUCAACAUAGACAGAGUGGCUUCUUUGGUAGAAGAGAUGACUGCUAAUAUCGUCCAAGUCCGAGGUCUAGUGGAUUCUGGAUGGUUCCUUGAGAGUAAACAUGGAAAAUCUGAUUGUAUGGAUGGAGCCUCUUGUGCACUCACUGAUGCCAUUAAAAAAGGCUUGAAACUUUGGAAUGGUACUCUCCAGGAGAAAUGCAGGCAGCAUUUAAAAAGGGAGGACGAGUGGCAGUGCUUCUAUGGCCCCAAGUCUUACACGUCAAUGAAAACUCCUAUCUUUGUGGUUCAAUGGCUCUAUGAUGUGGAACAGCUAAGAAUAGAAAAUAUCCAACCGGACUUCCAAUUCAUGACGGCACAUCAAUGGAACAACAUACAAAGCAUUGGAAGAGAGCUUAAGAAGUCCCUGCGUGAAGUCCCGGCGGUGUUUGCUCCGGGUUGCUUUUCCCAUACUCUUAUCAUAGCAAGCAACUGGUUGGAGUUCCAGGUCAAAGGUGUGACCUUAUCCCGAGCUCUACAGUGCUGGACAAAAAGCCUCCAGGACCGGAAAAGUCCAAAAACUGUAAUCCGCGGAUGCCCUUUUCAUUUGAUAGAUAACUGUCAAUGGCCACACUGUAACCCCACAUGUCCAGCCCUUCACGAUCCGGUGACUGGCCAAGAAGUGACCUUAUUACAGAUGUUCCUCAGACUGAGCAUUGAAAAUCAGAGAAGAGGACAUGAGCCCAAAGGAGACAUGAAUCAGCUUAUGGCGUUGUUGAGGAACGGUGGUUAG